UGUGUGUGUGUCUGAUGAAUGAUAACAUCAGCGCGUCUCUCAGUAGGGAGUGCAGCAGGGAGCGCAGGUGAAAGAUGGCGAGAAGACGGACGGAGGUGAAACUUUUGCCCCUGCUUUUGCUGCUCAAUGUUUGCGGCACCGGCGCGCAAGAUUUACCGACGGACGGAGUGAACGGCUUCAGUCUCCAUCCGCCUUAUUUUAAUUUAGCGGAAGGGACAAAAAUCACGGCGACGGCCACCUGCGGGGAAGACGAGCACAGUCGGCCCGUGCAGGACCUUUACUGCAAACUAGUCGGAGGUCCUGUAUCAGGAGACCCGAGCCAAACCAUCCAGGGCCAAUACUGUGACAUAUGUGACACAGCAGACAGCAAUCGAGCACAUCCCAUUACUAAUGCUAUUGAUGGAACUGAGAGAUGGUGGCAGAGUCCUCCCCUGUCUCGCAGCACUGAAUACAACCAAGUGAACGUCACUCUAGACCUAGGACAGCUCUUCCAUGUGGCUUAUGUGCUCAUCAAAUUUGCAAACUCUCCAAGACCUGACCUGUGGGUCCUCGAGCGAUCUGUGGACUUUGGGAAGACCUACCAACCAUGGCAGUUCUUUGCCUCCUCCAAGAGGGAUUGUAUUGAACGAUUUGGCCAAAGGACCAUUGAGCGCAUCAACCAUGACAAUGAUGUCAUCUGCACAACAGAAUACUCUCGUAUAGUGCCCCUGGAAAAUGGCGAGAUUGUGGUGUCUCUGGUUAACGGGCGACCUGGAGCAAUGAACUUUUCCUACUCACCUGUGCUGAGGGACUUCACCAAAGCCACCAACAUUCGCUUGCGUUUCCUGCGUACAAACACACUGCUGGGUCACCUGAUGGGCAAAGCAUUGAGAGACCCCACCGUCACACGCCGGUAUUACUAUAGCAUUAAAGACGUCAGUAUCGGCGGGAGGUGUGUGUGCAAUGGCCAUGCUGAAGCCUGCAACGCUGUUGACCCCAAUGACCCCUACAAGCUUCAGUGCGACUGCAAGCACAACACUUGCGGCCCAUCAUGUGACCGGUGUUGCCCUGGAUUCAACCAGUUACCCUGGAAACCGGCCACCACUGACAAUGCUAAUGAGUGUGAACAAUGUAACUGCCACAGACACUCGUUUGAGUGUUAUUACGACCCCGAAGUAGAACAGAGAGGAGCCAGUCUGAACAUGCAGGGCGAGUACCAGGGGGGAGGAAUGUGUGUGGGGUGUCAGCACCACACAACAGGAAUCAACUGUGAGCGUUGUGUACCAGGGUACUACAGGUCACCUCACCACCCUCUGGAGUCACCACAGGCCUGUUCAAAGUGUUUAUGUGAGACAGAUUUCACCGACGGCACGUGUGAGGAUCUGACGGGUCGCUGCUACUGUAAGCCCAACUACACUGGAGAGAACUGCGACUCUUGUGCAGAUGGAUAUGAGAACUUUCCGGCCUGCUACUUGGUCACUCCAACCUUCCCCACUAAUCUUAAUGGAGAGGCUCGACCUGCGGGAGAGAUCAUCAACUGUGAGUGUAACGCAGCAGGCACAGAGGGGAAUUCGUGUAAGGCAGAUCCAAACACACGGACCUGCGUGUGUAAACCUGGUUUCACAGGACAGCACUGUGACACCUGUGCUGCGGGGUACUACGGCCUCAACUGCUAUCGCUGUCAGUGCACAGGUCCAGGUUCACAGGACGGGUCAUGUGAUGUGGUAACAGGACAAUGUGUGUGCAGAAGCGGCUUUUAUGGCUAUUCCUGCGACCAGUGUGCUUCUGGGUAUUUUAACUACCCUCUGUGCCAGUUGUGUGGCUGUAGUGCAGUUGGCUCUCUACCUGAUGGCUGUGACUCAACUGGUUAUUGUUUGUGUCGGCCAGAGUUUACAGGCCCUCGCUGUGACGAGUGCCGCUCUGGCUUUCACUCUUAUCCCAACUGUGAGGUGUGCACCUGUGACCUGAGGACCUCCCAGGACUUAAACUGCAAUGCAGCAGGGCAGUGCCAUUGUAAACUCAACUACAGUGGCCCCAGGUGUGAGUCCUGUGCUCCGGGCUACUACAGUUACCCUACCUGCACACCCUGCCAGUGCUCAGACGAGGGCUCUCGGUUCACUGUGUGUGAUUCGGUCUCAGGGCAGUGUGUGUGUCAACCCAACGUGGUGGGUCAGAAGUGUGAUUCAUGCAGCUCUGGAACCUACAACUUUCCCCAGUGCCAAGGUGGUAGGUGUAAUCCUGCUGGCUCUGUGGAGAAUGGAGACUUGUUCACACUGGGCUACUGCGAGUGCAAACCCAAUGUGGAGGGUGUGGCCUGUGACAGAUGCAAACCUCUUUAUUGGAACUUGUCACCUGAUACCUUGUUUGGAUGUUCAAACUGUGAGUGUAACAAUGCGGGGACUGUGAGUGAAGUGGCAGAGUGUUUGCAGAAUAAUGGGCAGUGCUACUGCAAGCCUAACGUGUGCAGUGGAACAUGUGCGGUGUGUAAGGACGGCUACUUCCACCUGGAACAUAGCAACUACUUCGGUUGUCAGGGUUGUCAGUGUGAUAUUGGAGGUUCUGCUAGUCGCUCAUGUGAUGAAAGAAAUGGCAGGUGUAGGUGCAGACCCAAUGUAGAGGGACCCAAAUGUAACCACCCACGUCCAGAUCACUAUUUCCCUGACCUGCACCACAUGAAGUUUGAGGUGGAAGAAGGCACGACGUUGGAUGGGCGCUCAGUGCGUUUUGGCUACAAUCCGCUGGAAUUUGAGGGCUUUAGCUGGAGAGGCUAUGCUCAGAUGUCCUCUAUUCAGCCACGGGUGCUAAUUGAGGUGGUGGUCGGCUCUCCGGAUCUCUUCCAUGUGGUGUUGCACUAUGUUAACCGUGGAGGCACGGACAUCUGGGGACGUGUCUCUGUGGUGGAGGACAUCAGGAAUUUCCAAUGCAGCAACUGUUCUGAACAGUCCAAACAGAUCGUUUUUGCUUACAGUUCAGAGCCGACAUUUGUAAAUGUGCCUCAGAACAGUUUUGUUGAGCCUUUUGUACUCAAUCCUGGCACUUGGACCAUCAUCAUCGAGGCUGAGGGCAUUCUCCUGGAUUAUUUAGUGCUGUUGCCCAGUGCGUACUAUGAAGCUCCUAUUCUGCAGCUAAAAGUGACCGAACCCUGUAUAUACAGCCCAACGCAUGAGCCCAGUCAAAAUUGUUUGCAGUAUAAGUACCUGUCUCUGGAGGAGUUCCCAUCUCUCUCUGGGAAGGAUGCCAGCUGUAGAGCGGAUAAUCAUCUGCCCAGACCGUGCUCUGUAGAGAAGAUUACACCUCGGCAUCCCAGCAUGGCCGUGUGCAGUGGCAAUGACAUCAAUGUGCAGCUGCGUGGUCGAGUACCUUUACCCGGUGAAUAUAUUCUGGUGGUGGAGUAUACAAGUGAAGAAAAAGCUCCACAGACCCUCACUGUGUCUGUUAACACACCCGGAGGACGCAACCAACAGGAGCACAUCACACUCCUCCACUGCAAGUACAGUUUCUUGUGUCGUGCAGUGUCUAUCGAUGAAAUGCACCGCAUUGCUGUCUUCACUAUUUCAACUGAAGUUGAUGUGCAGCUCAUUGCAGACCAAAGCAAUUUCUUCCUGCACAAAGUGUUCCUGAUCCCUCAUGCUCAGUUCACAAUGGAGUAUCUGAGACCCGGCGUGCACUGUAUCAGCACCCAUGGACACUUUGAACCUGACAGUGGUUCCUGCAUCCCCUCUCGCUUUCAGACCCCAUCUCAGUCUCUGGUUCUGAAGGAGGGCCAGGCUUCCUUAUCUGAUAAUGUGCAUGUUGACCCUGCUCAUGUGACGACCCGUGACACGCCCCCAGCUGCCAUUGACAAUAGCGACCACAUCCAUCUAGACUCUGCUCAGAAUGCAGUAAUAUAUUCAACACAAGUGCAUGCCUUGGGACGCUACGUGUUCAUCCUACACUACCAUCAGCCACUGCACCCAAGCUUCACAGUACAGAUUUAUGUAAAUGGUGGACGAAUUUGGCAGGGCCAUGCCAAUGCCACAUUCUGUCCCCAUGGCUAUGGCUGCCGCAGCGUUCUGAUCUCAGAAAACCAGAUCAUUCUAGAUGUGACUGAUCAUGAGGUCAUUGUGAAUGUGCAAGUCCCAGAGGGCAAAACACUCUGGCUGGAUUAUAUUCUGGUGGUUCCAGAGAGCAGCUACAGCUCGAGUUAUCUGUCCGAAGAGCCACUGGAUAAAUCCUAUGACUUCAUCAGCAACUGUGGACAAAACAGCUUCUACAUCAACCCUCAGACAGCGUCUCAGUUCUGCCGGAAUUCAGCUGCAUCUCUUUCGGUUUACUUCAAUAAUGGCGCUGUACCAUGUGGCUGCCAUGAGGUCGGGUCCGAAAGCGAUACGUGCCAGCCAUUUGGAGGUCAGUGCCCCUGCAGGUCCAACGUGAUUGGCCGAGACUGCUCGCAAUGUGCCACCGGAUACUACGUUCCCAACUGCAGGCCAUGUAAUUGCGGCACACGCUUAUGCGAGCCAGUGACAGGCGAGUGCAUCUGUCCUCCACGUACACUGCUGCCGGAAUGUGUGCAGUGUGAGCCGCAGACGUUUGGCUGCCAUCCCCUGGUAGGCUGUGAAAUGUGUAACUGUUCCCAGCCAGGGGUCACGGCUCAGGAAAUCAGCUGCGACACAAACAGCGGCCAGUGCAGUUGCAAGAACAACAUCGUCGGUCGGCAGUGUGACCGGUGCUCGCCUGGUUUCUAUGGAUAUCCCAACUGCAGGCCAUGUGACUGCAACGAGGCUGGAACUGAGAGGAGUGUGUGCCACUCCAUCACAGGACAGUGUUUAUGCAAGGAAAACGUGGUGGGCUCUCGGUGUGACCAGUGCGCAUUGGGCACAUUCCAUCUUGACCCCACUAACCCUAAAGGGUGCACCAAAUGUUUCUGCUUCGGCGCCACUGACCGCUGCCGCAGCUCAGACAAGCGUAGAGAAGAGAUUAUGGUCAUGGAAGGCUGGGUGUUGCUGAGAGGAGACAGAGAGGAAGUGCCCGUGUCUGUGUUCGGGGAUCAGGAUCUAGUGGAAGCGGAUCUCAGUGACGUCCCUGAUGUCUAUCAGGAUUUUCACUGGCAUGCACCUCGCGCUUAUCUGGGUGACAAGGUGUCAUCCUAUGGCGGUUAUUUGCGCUAUCAGUUACACACACAGACAAUGAGAGGAGAUGCCCUGAUUUUGCCUUCUGAAGCCUUUCGACCCGACAUUAUACUCAAGGGAAACCAGAUGACCCUGGUCUACAUGGAGAGAGAGUAUUUUUCUCCUGAGGAGCCCCAUGAAGGAGUUAUAUAUCUAGUGGAGGGAAGCUUCCGUCACGCUCAGACAGGGAACUCAGUGUCUCGGGAGGAGCUGAUGAUGGUGCUGGUGGCUCUGGAGUCUCUGCAGGUCCGAGCGCUCCACUCCCAAUCGGCGCAGUCCGUCUCUUUACGUGCUGCCAGGCUCGAGGGUGCUGAGCAUCUGCCCAACGGACGCCACGCCAACAACGUGGAGCUGUGCAUGUGUUCUGCAAGCUACCAGGGCGACUCGUGUCAGCGAUGUGCUCCAGGCUACUACAGAGACACCAAAGGCCUGUUCCUGGGCAAGUGUGUUCCUUGCAACUGUAAUGGCCACUCUGAUCAGUGCCUGGAUGGAUCCGGAAUAUGUGUGAGCUGCCGUCACAACAUGGCUGGAGACCACUGUGAGAAGUGUCUUGGUGGUUUUCACAGCAACAGCACAGUGGAUGGCCAUGCUGUAUCCUGCAGCAGCUGCCCAUGUCCACUACAGGUGGCAUCCAACAAUUUUGCUACUGGCUGUGUAGAGAAGCCCAAUCACAUGCAGUGUCUGUGCAUGCCUGGCUACGCUGGGCCCAAGUGUGAAAGGUGUGCCCCUGGUUACUAUGGCAACCCCAUGGUGAUUGGAAGCACUUGCCAGCCGUGCAAAUGUAAUGACAAUUUGGACCCAAACAUGCUGUUCAACGACUGCCAUCCAGUGACCGGUGAGUGCCACGGCUGCAUGUACAACACAGCGGGACCCCACUGUGAGAUCUGCGCUCCAGGUUUCUAUGGUGACGCCAUCACUGCGAAGAACUGCACCAAAUGCAGCUGUUCUCCCUGUGGAACGGCCUCAUGUGACCCCUAUACGGGUCAGUGUCACUGUAAACCAAGUGUUACAGGCAUCCACUGUGAUCACUGUGAGGAUGGCACAUUUGGCUUUGACUCGUGUACUGGUUGCCACGCAUGUGACUGUGAAGCAGCUGCAGCGCUGACUCAGCCGUGUAACCCAGUUAGCGGCUCAUGUGCGUGUCGUCCUGGUGUGAACGGCCCUAACUGCCGCCAGUGUGCUCCUGGACACUGGGACUACGGUCCUGAUGGCUGCAAAAAGUGUGAGUGUAGAGGAGGUCGUUGUGAUCCACGGACCGGAGAAUGCCGCUGUCCUGACACUCUGACAGGGAAACAGUGUGAUCGCUGCACCAACGAACACAGUGUUCUGGUCACUAAUGGAGCUGAUGUCCACUGUGAAGUAUGCGAUAGCUGCGUGAGAGUGCUACUGCAGGAUCUAGACAUGGUGAACAACUACUUCCUCUCUGUGGAUAACCAGCUAAAGAACAUCAGUGCCAGCGCCCUCGCCUGGGAACAACUCCGCAACCUUAAUGUGUCGGUGAUGAACGUGACUAAUUCCAUCAAAAACUACAACAGUACCCUGGAUGGCAGCAGGAUGCAGGCUGAAUUGCUGGAGAAAGAGUUGCAGACCACUGAUUCAGACAUCUCUAAUCUAGAGGAGAAGGUGUCAGUAUCAGUCAGAAAAGGAGAUGAGCUUACGAACAACACCAAAGACACGUACAAGAGAGCUGAGAGCCUGCUGGACUUCAUCAACAGAAGCAUGAGAGACAUAGAAGCCACUUUGGAGCUGGUGAACAGAACCUCACAGAAUGGCUCUCAAGACGUAGAUGAGAAUGAGUUGGCACGGAAGCUAUCUGAGGUGGUGGCCAUGCUGAGGGACAUGCGCUUCCAGAGCACUCACUACCAGAGGAAGUUGGCGGAGAACGAGCUCACUGAAGCCGACAAAAUGCUGGAGCGGGUGAAGGAAGAGAUGGCUAACCGGAGUGCUGCAAACCAGGAUACAUUGAAAUCUAUCGACAAAAAACUGGAUCAGUUUAACAGUGAGCUCAUGAACCUCAGAGACUCUCUUAAUGAUGCAGUGAAGAACAUAGCACGUGCAACUGAAACCAACAGCAUCAACCAGAAACAGCUGGAAGAGUACAAGCAAAAAGUGAACGCUCUGAAGUCAAAGUGGAAAGAGGUGGAGGAUUUGAUCCAGAUGGCAGAAGAUGACGUCGCUCAAGUUAAUGACAUGCUGUCUAUGCUGCAGGACACCAAAGAGGAGUUUGAACGUCUGUCUGCUCAGCUGGAUGGGGCAAAGCAGCCUCUCACUAGCCGAGUACAGAAUUUCACCUUGGCCAGUUCGAAAAGCCUGCUCGUAGAAAAAGCUGAGAGACAUGCUGAGCUUCUCAAUCAGCUUUCCAUGAACCUCACAAGCGUUAUUUCCAACACGAACCAGGACAGUUUCAUCCAGAGAGCUCUAAAUGCAUCACGCACUUACACCAACAUUAUUAAGAGCAUCGAAGAGGCUGAGACUUUAGCCAGGAAAGCAAAUUCAGAUGCCCUAGAGAAUCUCAAAGGCCAGGAUCUUUCCCAGCAGGCGAGUGACCUUAAAAAUAAGAGUCUGGCUCUACAGAAAGAGGCAUCAGAUCUGCUCCAGGACCUGACUAAAGACGUGAAGCCUCGGGUGCAGGACAUCAAGAAGCGUCUACAAGAGGCAGAAGUGAAAAAGAAGGAGCUGCUGAAGGAUCUGGCAGUAGUGCAGAAUUCCCUCAACUUUACCAAAGGGAACACAACAGAGGAGAUCGUUAUAGCAAAAAAUGCAGCGACAAUGGCUAAUAGCACUGUGGCAGAAGUGCUGGAGAAGCUAGCGCCUAUGAAACAAAAGCUGGACGAGUGGCAGAGAACAUACGGCUCAUCCAACACCACUAAUGAAGACUUCAAUGAUGCACUCAGCCAGGCCAACAGCUCGGUGGGAGCUCUCAGCGAGACCAUUCCAAUGUUGAUAAAAAAGCUGGAUCGCUUGCAGAACCACUCUAUGCAGAUGUCCAACAUUUCCGAGAACAUCCUAAGGAUCCGUGAGCUCAUUGCUGAAGCCCGUAACGCUGCAAACAAGGUCGGGGUGUCGAUGAAGUUUAACGGGAAAUCGGCAGUGCAAGUGAGGACUCCAAAAAAUCUGGCUGAUCUGGCUGCAUACACCUCCCUCAAGUUACACAUCUCCGUCUCCAACGCUGCACGCAAAAAGCGCCAAGACGCCAGCAGCCAAUUCGUCUUCUACCUGGGCAACAAGAAUUCCAGCAAGGAGUUCAUGGGGAUGGUUCUGGAUGGCACAAAACUACGCUGGCUCUUUAAUCUCGGUGAUAAGACUGCGGAGGGGGUGACACAAAAGCCCGUUCGCUCAGAUACACCAUUCAGCAGUGUGGUUCUUGAGAGGAUGUUGCAGUAUGGUCAGAUGUCGAUGAAUGUAGCAGAGGGACGAUGGGUUAAGCAGAAUGUGGAGGCAGAGGGAGAUCUUGGCCUUUUGAACCUCUCCCCUAACGAUACAGUCUUCUACGUUGGGGGUUUUCCCAGUACCUUCAUGCCUCCAUCCCAGAUGCAGCUGCCUAAUUUCAAGGGCUGCAUUGAGCUUGAGAGUCUGAAUGAGGAAGUGAUCAGCCUCUAUAACUUUGAACAAACUUUUGAGCUGAACACUACUGAAGACAGUCCUUGCCCACGACCUAAGCCACCAGUAAUCCAGCAAUGGAUAGAAGAUGCAUCGUACUUUGACGGAACAGGCUAUGCUGAAAUCACUCCUAAGCCUCUGUGCGCGAAAGCUCGCUUCGAACUGGAUAUCAAACUCGUCUCAUAUAAUGGAAUUCUGCUCCUGCUUCGCAACGAGACUAAGUUUGCAUGCGUGGCAGUACUGGGAGGACGUGUGAAGCUCUUUUACAACUUCAAUGGGACGUUUGUGGAGGAGGAGUACAAAGGCACAGAACCUGACUUGCUGUUUGUCAGUGACACCACUGCUAAAUUGGUGGAGGUCAUUAUUCCUGUGCGCACAUCAACAAUGGAACCUUACACACUGCUGGUGAGGAGACAAAGGAAACAACUGUACCAGGUUGACUCCUCUGACAUACCCUGUUUCACAGGAAGCUACUUCCUGGGUGGUGUUCCUGAUGACCAAAUGCCUGAGAUGCUGAAGAGUCUGUUCCCUAAGCAGGGUUCUAUAAAGGGUUGCGUCAAGAACAUUAAAGCCAUGGCCAGUUUCAUAGACCUAAAGAGCAUGAAGACUUCUGGCAUAAGCUAUGGUUGUCCUGAUGACUUACUGAUGGCUCGGGAAGCUUAUUUUAAGGGGCAGAGUUAUCUGGACCUCAAACUGGACAACCUUCCAAACAUAACAGACAGAUUUUAUGCUGGUGUUGGCUUCAGGACAGAGCAGAAGAAUGCACUGCUACUCCACCACCGGACUCAGACUGGGGUGUGUCAGGUACAAUUGGAAGAAGGUCAUAUGGUGGUAAAAGCUGGCAAUAAACAGGUCCGAACAAAUGGUACCUAUAACGAUGAGAUGAGUCACUAUGUGGCUUUCUACAGCAACAAGAAUGGCCUUCGUGUGUAUAUUGAUGACAAGCUUCAAGCCAACCCUAACACAGAAGUGGAAGUUAAGAGCACGCUCCCCAUCGGAGAAGUCUAUCUCGGUGGCACACCUGAGGCCCUUGACAUCGCCAACCUCACUGGCUGUCUAAAUAACGUCUUUAUCAACAGGACUACAUUGCCUCAAACGGUAGUGGACUUGCUACCAUCCAAGGAGAAUGUUGAUGUUGCACUGAGUUGUCCUGCUGCUAAGAAACCCCAGCAGAUACUCGCCUCACCUCUGCGCUUUAAAAACGCCAUGGGGAAGAACAAAAAGCCCCAGGGAGCACUAAAAAGCCGCAGUGCCCGAGGUUCCUGCCAGGGGGAGCUGUCUGUCCAAGAAGCAAAUGCCCACCAUUUCAGCGGAUCCAUCUACAGCUACAUGCGUUACGAUUCGAUUCCAACAGCCUUCAGCAAGACGCCCAAUGUGGCAAUGGCUAUUCGCGUGAACUCAUCCAACGGCCUCAUCUUCUACGCAGCAGCAGAGAGAGGAAGGGUGGCAUUAACACUCUCUGUGUCUGAAGGCCACUUGAUCUUGCUGCUCAACGGAGGGAGGAGGAAAUUCAGCAUUUUAACCAGUGGCAAAUAUAAUGACAACCACUGGCAUGUGGUGUUUGUGAGGAUCGAGAAAGAAAAGGCCAGUCUCAUAGUAAAUGGCAUUAAUGCACAGAGCAGGAAGGUGUCUUUCUCUGGGGAGAAAAAUGCACUAAGUGGUCCGGUUUACAUCGGCGGUCUGCCCUCUGACCACAAAGCAGCAGAGGCAGGCUUUGUAGGCUGCAUCAGAGAUCUGAAGGUGAGCGAGGUUCUGCUAAGUCCCACCCACAGUGUGGGGGUGGUGCCAUGUUACCAAGAGCCCCUGCAGCCAGGCGUUUACUUCUCUAACCAGGGAGGACACAUUUCUAUUGAUGAGUCAGUAGCACUGGGUCGGGAUCUGGAGCUGGAGCUGGAGGUUCGGCCUGUAGCAGACUCCGGCCUUCUGCUCCACGCUGGAGUCAGGAAGAGUCAGCAGCUCAGCGUCUACCUCAAACAAGGAGAGGUGAUUGUGUUAGUGAACAGUGGCAGUGGGGAGUUUACAGUCUCUCUUAAACCAGAGGAUUCACUGUGUGAUGGAAACUGGCACAGUAUAUUUAUUGAGAAGAAGAAAAAUGUGAUCCAGAUACGUGUGGAUGCAGCAAGUGAACAUGGUGUUGGCCCCAAACAGAGCAGAUCUACUGGAGCCAAUGUCACUGUCUAUCUGGGCAAUGUGCCAGAUGCAUUAGAAGCUCCUGCUCUUCCGUCCUCUCUCCCGCCAUACCACGGCUGUAUAAGGAAAGCUGUGGUGAACGGUCGAGCUGCAAGGCUCUCCAAACCUCUGACCAUUUCUGGAGCUGUGGCGACUCAGGGAUGCCCUGCCGCAUAGCCCACAAUCCCCGAAUUUUUGAAUCCAAAAUACCUAAAUGAUCAAAUCAACAGGUGGUGGGUUUAUGGGAUAGUAAUAUUUAUAUUCUUUUGUUAAACAAAUGUAUAUGUUAAGGUGGUCACUGUGGAGUUUUUUGUAAACGCACUGAGUGUAAAGCCACUGUUAAAGGCACGAGUGCUACUGAAAAAAAUACAAGUGCUGUAUGGCCUUAAGAUUAGAGCAUUAAAUGUUUUAAAAUUA